AUGGAGGUCGACCUACCUUAUCGCAUCGAUAUGGUACAGUCACUCUCUGGACACUCGGAUCGCGCAUGGCAUGCAGCCUGGAAUCCAACCAAACCCCUCUUGACAACCUGCUCUGCUGACAAGACCGUUCGAAUGUACUCUUAUACUCCCGCAAGGUCGUUCACCCACAUAACCACCAUCCCAACCGGCCAUACAAAAACUGUGAGGUCAAUAGCGUGGGCGCCAUCUGGCGAAACUCUCGCAACCGCAUCCUUCGAUGCUAACAUCGGGAUCUGGGAGCAAGAGGCAGCAGAGGAAGGUGGAGAGAAAGGCGAAUGGGAAUGCGCCAGUCUUUUGGAGGGCCACGAGACCGAGUGCAAGAGCGUUGCUUACUCGGCCUCCGGUACUCUUCUUGCCAGCUGCAGCCGCGACAAGACCGUUUGGAUCUGGGAGGGCGAUCGACGUUCAGUGCAUCCCGACUCUGACUUUGAGUGCAUGGGCGUUCUCAUGGAGCAUACGCAAGAUGUCAAAUGUGUCGCGUGGCACCCCACAGAAGAGAUUUUGGCUUCUGCAUCCUACGACGACACCAUCAAAUUGUACAUAGACGACCCUUCAGAUGAUUGGUUCUGUUUCUCCACUCUCACUGGUCACACGUCGACUGUCUGGUCCUUGGCUUGGUCACCGACAAACAGUUACCUUGCAUCAGCCUCUGACGACAAAACGGUGCGCAUAUGGCGACGAGUAGCAGAACACAAAUGGGAAUGCGCUUUGGUAAUCUCGGGAAACCAACGAACAGUUUUUUCUGUUAGCUGGGGUGUCGGCAAAUCAAGUACUCCAUCGCUGGGUUGGCUUGCAGCAGUUGGAGGGGACGGUUUCAUUCGGAUCUGGGAAAUUUCGCAUAAGGAGAACCCGGAAACGCUCGAACACAGACUGAUCGCUGAAUACCCUGAGGCCCAUGGAGUUCAUGAUGUCAACGCAGUCUCUUGGUGUCCACGUUCAGACUUUGAAGAUAUGCUGGCUACAACUGGAGAUGACGGAGAAGCAAGGGUAUGGAGAGUACAGCCUGUAACAUAG